AGAAAAUCAUGUUAUCUUUUCUGACAUUUGCAUAAAAAAUAUCUUAACAAUCGUAAUUAUCCUAUCUUUCUCAAGGUUAUAUCGUGACUUUGAAAUUAAUGUAAUUAUCUGGAUAUAUUUUCAAGAGCAUUGAGCGCACGGGCUUACAAGUGACGUAAAUUACGUCUUUUGCAUCGAUCGGUUAAAACUGACGACGGCUUAAAGCCUGUUUGCAGAGAAGCUGUGCAUGUCACUUCUAAAGGCUGUGGACUUAGUGUUGGUAUAGAGGCAUAGCAAGACGGCGGACGUAUAUGACAUUCAAGCGGGAUAGUUUAUACAGAUUUAACGAUGGACUAUACAGAAGGAAGUGUCGUCAAUGUGACAGGUGACUAUAAUUACCUACUAGAUGAGAACAAAAUCUACGACCAAUAUCUAAAUGGAUACAAUGCCUCAACUAAGUACAUGCGUAUUGUGAUGUACGUUCUUGGGUAUCCUGGGAACUUGUUGGCGCUUCUCGUUUGGGUGAGAAAGCCAAUGAUACACAGCUCCGGUGUUUACCUAGCGAUGCUGGCAAUUUCAGACCUACUGUUCCUUUCGCUAGAUCUUCCCUAUAGUCUUCAUACCGAGUGGAACAUAUUUGUACUGGACAUUCCAGUGAUAUGCGAGGGCUUCACCAUUGUGUAUCUGGCUGCGCAGUAUAUGUCUCCACUCUUGACACUUGCGUUCACUACUGAAAGGUACAUUGCCAUACGGUUCCCCCUAAGAAGAAGAUUGUACUGUACAGUUAAAAGAGCGUUGGGCACCAGCUGUUGCAUAGCUCUUGGAAGUCUGGCAUUGUGUGGAAUACAGGGAUACUUCUGGAGCUACGAUGAAGGUUUAAAAGCUUGCCUGCGGACGUUGAACACAGACGACUUAUGGAAAACAUGGACUUGGUGUACGGAAAUGAUUAUGUUUUUGUUCGUUCCCCUCUUAAUCAUGUUAUUAAAUAUUCUUGUAAUAUGGGAAAUACAAAAAUCCAGAAAAAUCGCAGUCCGACUGAACCGAUUCAUGUUCAAAACAAAGGCUACAACAACAAUGCUUUUGGCUGUCUCCUUUUUUCUUAUUUUCACAACCCUCCCUGUCUCAAUUAUUUACGCUCUUAAUGACUAUUAUCCUCUCGGGGGGAGUAUGGAUAUUCCAAAUGACCCCAAGUGGCAGGCACAUUUCCGGUAUUAUCGGGCGAGGACAGUCAUUUAUAACAUUGGAUUGACACAUUUCUUCAUGAACUUUUACAUCUACUUGUUGGCGGGAGAAAGAUUCCGGCGAGAAGUAUUAAAUGUGAUUCUGGGCAAGCCAAAGAAUCAAAGAAAAUACACCCAGAGGUCUGAAACUACAAAGAUGGAGUCUUUUUACAGCAGUGAUGUAUUGUAAUUCGUGAAAAAGUCGUUGCAGCGUUUCUGUAUCUCUCCAAGGCAUUACAGAUAGACAAUUAUAUAUAUUUUGCAUAUCCACGGCUUUUAGACGAGGAAAAGGCAGGAUAUGUUUUGCCAAAAUUGAUCUUGUUACAGACUUGCGUUCAUGGAUGUUUGAAUGUUCCAGUUAACAAGUAUUAUGUUUUGUUGUUUUAGCUUGUUAAAAAGAAACCCCGUUUACACGAUCUUAUAGUAUUUAUGUUAAUGUGAAUGUCUGAAUUUUGUAAAUAUGGAAUACGUCGUUCCCUUUCUUUUAUUGGCAAGCGUUGAGAUAAGGCAACGUACACCAUUUUUAAUGUACAAUAUUUGUGCAAUUGUUAUGAUUUAUGAAUGUAACUCGUAUUUUUAAUUCUGUGUCACUAUUUGCUUAGACACAUAUAUGCUAUGUAGUUUUCACCGAGAACUGCGGGAUCUACUUUUCAAAGAUUGUGACGGCAUUAUCAUUACAUGUACUAAAUAGUGUAUUGCAUUUUAAGGCAUUUUUUAAUUUCGUUUAUACCAAUGCAACUUCAUUCAAUCAUAUAAAGAGAAAGUUUUAAUGUUAGAUGGUAAUAUAUUUCACCAAGUGAGCGACAAAAGUAAUAUAUUACUGGUGCCCUAGCCACGAGUGAAAUAUUGCGUCUUGCAGUUUACGAGGUCAAAUAUAUAAUACACACGCAUAAUAUUAUUCUGUUUCUUUUGUUAAUUUUAAACUGUCGCUUUUCAGAGUCUGUGACAUAACUUUGACUUAAGCGAGUAUAGCAACAAAUUGUUUAUAAAUUAUGCAAUGUAAAACAGCCGAACAAGCGUAUGGGUAAAUAAUCAACUAUAGUCUGGGUUGAUUUUUUUCUCGUCAAGUAUAUAUUGUUCUUUGUUUAGGUCACAAUUGCAAAAUUUAUUUGUAUGACAUAUAAACAGACACCGACUCUUGAUCCUUUAGACGUUUAAACUGCCCUCGUAUAAAUACUAGUACGGGUAUUUUUGCUUUAGAAAUAGACACCUCAAUGCUUUGUAAUUAUUUAAGAUUAUAUUUCUCUGUAUUCAUCUGUUUAUAAUGUGAUAGGGAUUGUAUGUGUUCACCAUCGCUACAGAAAGUCUUGUUAAAAUAUAUACUCAUUGAGGAAACAAGUGCUUUUCAAUAAACUGAAAAUAUUCAUUUAUUUUCAUUCAUUUGUGAAACCAUAUCAUCAAUAUAAACGAUAUAUGUUUUGUUGUUCAUAGCUCGCGGUUGACAUUUUUAAAUAGUUUUUGUUGUGCAAUUUGGAGAAAAAGAAAACAAGAUGUUGUAGUUGUAAGAUGUUGGUUUAUUUUACCAUUUUGAAAACUACAAAUACUAUACAAGAUGCUACACAGGUUUUGGUAAACCAUUUUGGAUCACUAUUGGGUUUGUCUUUAGCAUAAUUUGACUUAGUUUGGUAUUCAAUUUAUAUUAUUCACUUUAAACAGAAGCUGUGCUUAUAAAACACUAUAUAAUAAUCUGCUAUACAUAUAUUUGAAUUAAAACAUA